CAGCUUGCCUCGCAUUCAAAUUAAUCUUUGAUUUAGAUAUUGCUGUGUAUCAUCUCCUGAUCUUCGGAUUUUAAGUUGAGUCUUUUUCAAGUCUUGCCAUCAAUAAUUUUGAAUCCAUGUUACUUCGUAUAUUCUCUUUACUCUGAUUUCAUGCCUGAAUUGGAUUAUCUUGUGUUUAGGUUCUUUGUGAUAUUUUGAGAACUGGAGACCCUUCUGGACAGGAGAAUGGAGGUCAACCAGCUCUAUAUUUUGCGGCUGAUGAUCUUGAAUAUCAGGUUUUUUUUUUUUUUCAUUAUUAUUAUUUUUUUCCCCUGAACUCUUUCUCAUUUUUAUGUUUGGAGAAUAUUAAAUGUUUGUCCUAAAAUUUCUUAGAACAAAGUAAGACUAGUUUUUUUUAUUUUAAUUUUUAAAAAAUUGUAAGAUAAAGAUAUACUAGCCUAUGGAGAUUUCAGCUGUGGUUGACCUCAAAAUAAAAUGAAUAUAGUCCUGCAUAAAACAAAAGUGAGUUUUCCGGUUUUCAAAUAGUUUUAGAUUGGCUAUGUUGGUUGCCUUGGUAUCAAUUACCAUUUACAACUUUUGUUCAUUGAUAAUUAUUGCCUAUGAUCAUUACUCCCUCCGCUUAUGAUAAGUUUAACAUUGGACUAUAGGGCAUUUGAUUUUACUUAACUGAGAAUUACUCUGUACUGAUUAUUACUGAUUAAAUGAGAAUUACUAAGGAUUGCACUGGAAAGUAUAUUCAACAGGUAAUUUCUAAGCUUGCAUUUCAGUGAACUUUGAGAGAUGUACCGUUUCUACUCAUAUUGGCAGCUUGAGCUCUUUGAUAUUUGUUUCUUUUUUAUUUGGUGAGUUUUGCCUGGUCUUUGUGUUUUACAAAAUCUUUUAUACGUGGUUAAUGUUAGAGAUUUUGAUUUGAAAUGUUUUGUUAGACAAGUUUGGGAAAUAAAUUAGGCUUAUGAUAUAUCCUCGACCAGAAAUAGUAUUGAACACAUUAUUUAUAUGGGUUACAUAUAUUUGGGAUACUUGGUUUCUAAAAUAUGUACUCUUUUGCAAAACUAUACUUAUUCAGUAAUACGCCCUCUACACUCUACAGUCUAUUGUUAUCCGCAAGAAGUUUCUUCAUAUGUACUAAUGGUUUAAUGGACAUACUGUCCUCUUACAAAAACACUAGUCGGUGAAUUCAUACUCAAAUAAAACCCAGUCCGUAGAUGCAAGCCAUCAAUGAAGAGAAAAUGAGCAUGAACCACUACCACAGUACCACUAUACUAUGGUUGGAUAUAACUAUGUUAAAUUCCUCAAUCAAGUAGCCAAUAUUAAAACUUUCUGAUUCACAUUAAGGAUAAUAUUGAUUGAAUCUUUCUAAUCCAUUAAUAUGAGGAGUUAUGAUUACAAUGUGAUUGUAUAUCCAUGAAGGAGUGUAACUUACUGUAAAAUAAGAAUUAGCAAAGAUAAUACAGUAAGUAGCUAAAAGAGUUAUGUGUGCAUGUAAUCUGGGGCUGAACGAAUCGUGGUCAUCUUUUAAUCUUUUUGACAACAAGCACUUUUUAUAGGGAACUUGUAAGGGGAACAGAGAUGGUCCAUGUAAUUGGUGGUCAAUGAACUACUUUAUCAGAAUGUCUAAAGUCUAAACCUAAGAGCAAUUAUAACUUGUAAAUUACACUCAAGAUCUUAUGAUAUGGGAUGUCAAAUUCGUAGUUGGGUUAUUUUGCUUCUCUUACAUUUGGUGCAGAAUUCAUCAUACUUCACUUGAGUGUGUAAUUUAUGGAAAACCUGAGCCUAUUGCUUUUAAGAAUGCAGAAGCCACUUUAAGACAAAUUCAUUGCGAUAUGAAUCAUGAGUCUCUAGACGGUCACUUGAACAGAAAUCAAUCGAAGAAUUACUUCAGUGCUCUUUACAUGGUAGGUGAUAAUCCAUCAGUCGACAUAAAAGGUGCAAGAGAGGCAGGAGAUCCUUGGAUAUCUGUUUUGACCCGAACAGGUAUGUUCCAAGGUAAAGGAAAUCACCAAGAGUUUCUCACAGUUCUGGUUGUGGAUACAGUGGAAGAUGCUGUUGAUUUCAUUUUAGAGAAAGAGUUCUCUUCAGGCCGUUCAGGGUGUUCAUCUGUUUAAUGUUAGCGUUACAAUGCUUUUAAGAAGCAUGUACGAGCAACCGACUCGGAGCACAUUACCAUCUUUUUGAUUCAUAUAGCAGUUAUACCCAAUUUUAGAAUUGUAUCAUCAUCUGUAGUUACCCUACAGCAAGGAUGUGAAAUCCUCCUCAUCAAAUCUGUAGGCUUAUACAAUAAUACAAUAUGAAGUACAAUAUAGGAUUCUUUUGUCUUUAA